ACACGUCGCGGGGAAGUGGAUGAUGUCGCCGCGCGAGGAGACAGCCGUCGAAGGCAGUCCCAGUCUGUAAGAAGCGCGCCGAGAUAUCGCCGAACGCGCGGUGCCCACCGUCGUGUGCCCGCCGCAUCGUCGUCCCCGGUCCCGCGCGCAUCGACGCCGACGGUCCGGAAGGGAAGGAUGGAGGCGGACUACCAGCCGACGCUCAGUCCGUCGCGGACGUUGACAGGAAUGGGCAACGACUGUGAAGAUCCGUAUCCCAGCCUGUCAGAUUAUCACGAUUAUGAACCGAAUCUGGAAUUUGACGAUACAGAAUUGCAAACUACUUCAAACAACGCGGCGCGGCUUCUGGAAGAAAAAUUGGAUUUGGUGAGCAGCACCAUGGGUACCGGAAUGGAUUAUUUGGAAAGCCCAGUGAGCGACGGCACGAUCGAGGAGAACUUUGAGGAAGCUUUGGUAGAUGCUCCAGUUAUCGAAUCUGCGGACGAUCUGGCUGCUUUAGACGGAGAGCUCGCUGACGAGGAGGAUUAUCUUGACAUAUCCAGGCAUGGUAUCGUAGAAGUGGUCGGCGACGAUAGCGCCGGUCGUAAAAUAAUUGUUGUGUCAGCUUGCAAAUUGCCUCCCAUUGGAAAAGAGACUUUUAAUCACGCUAAACUCCUCAGGUAUCUUACGCAUACUUUGGACAUGUUUGUGGAGCAAGAUUAUAGUCUCGUUUACUUUCAUUAUGGCCUUACGUCGAAAAAUAAGCCACCCUUAUCUUGGUUGUGGCAAGCGUAUAAAGCGUUUGAUAGAAAAUACAAGAAGAAUCUCAAAGCCCUUUAUCUAGUACAUCCGACUAAUUUCAUUAGGAUUGUGUGGCAAAUAUUUAAACCGGCUAUCAGUGUAAAAUUUGGACGGAAAAUGAUGUAUGUUAAUUAUCUAGAAGAAUUGGCGCAAUAUAUUAACCUGGAUCAACUAAUUAUACCACCUCAAGUGAUAGAACACAAUGAACAACUGUUGAUGAAAAAUAAGAAAAAUUUGCCAGCGAGUCCACCGCAAAGCGCGGUAGUUACGCCAGUUGGCACGACUCAGUUCGGUGCUAGUCUGCAAUUCAUAAAGGAAAAUAGUAACGGCGAUCCAAUACCACCAAUUCUAAGGCAGUGUGUAGAAUUUCUCGAUACGCCCGACGCCCUAGAAACAGAAGGAAUAUUCAGAAGAUCGGCUAACGUGGCAGUAAUCAAAGAACUUCAGAAUCGUUGCAAUCAAGGUUUACCCAUCGAUUUUCAAGGGGACCCGCAUAUCGCCGCGGUUUUACUCAAGACCUUUCUCCGUGAACUAGACGAACCUCUUAUGACCUAUGAACUAUACGAUGAAAUCACACAAUUUCAAACAUUGUCGAAAGAUGAACGUCCGCGUAAAGUUAAAAUAUUAAUAUUGGAGAAACUUCCUGAAGACAACUACCAAGUUCUUAAAUACAUCGUACAAUUUUUAUCGAGGGUAAUGGAUCGAUGCGACCUGAACAAGAUGACUUCUAGUAAUCUCGCGGUAGUAUUUGGACCGAAUCUAGUUAGAGCACCGCCAGCACGUGGAAUGUCCCUCUCCGCAAUAGGACCUAUCAAUCAAUUCAUAGAUUUUUUAUUUACCUAUCAAGAUAAGAUAUUUAUUAUUUAAAAGCGACAGCACCGAAAGCCUAAUUGUAACAUUCAAUUCUCACACGUCCGCAUCUUCAUUUACCGAAAUAUUUUUAUAUUCUACGUGAUAGAGAAAAAGAAAAGGAUAGAAGGAAACAUUCAAUUGUUUGUUUACAUGCGAUUUUGCACAAGAUUUUUUAAUACGAAUAGGUAUAAUAAUUUUCGGACGAAAGACUAAAACGUUCGAAUCUGGCUGGCUGUGUGAUGUUGGAAUGCCAGCUACAAGAAACAUGUCCGUAUAUUUAGAGAGAAAUUACGACCAAAUACCAAAGAUACAUGAGAACGUUACACAGUGAGUAUAAUAUGUAAGAUUAUCUAGAGAUAAUGUGUUUAUCUAUUUAAUAACGCUUAGAAAAUAAUAUAUUCGAUGAUGAAAGAAGAUAUCGAGCGGGAUGCCUCCGUUGUCGUGAAAUCGCAAACGGCAAUUUGUCCCGGUUUUUGUUUAAAUUAAUUUCUGAUAUUUAACGAAACUUUUAAACAACGAAUUAAUUUCUUUUAGCAAGUUACAUGCAUUAUCAUUUCAUGUAUAAUUUUUAAGAGAUUUUAGUUAUUUUUAUUUUGUUAUUUUCUCUUGUCAGUUAAAAACUUUAAAUCAAUAAUUGUUAUUGAAUAGAUUAUAAUUUUUGUUUUGAUGGGACCACAUGGAUCCACCAAGCAUCUUUUGUUAUUUAUUUUCAUUUGUAAAAUUGGAAUUGUCAAAAUUGCAUUAUAUUAUUAAUUAAAGAUCCUGUAAAAC